AUGGGUCCAGACACCAGUGAGCUGAAGACGAUCCUUCAAGAGCUGAAGUACAGAAUUGGCACUCAGUCGGCAAAGUUACUCCGGCAGUUGAAGCAGAAAGACAGGCUUCUGCAUAAAGUGCAGAAGAACUGUGACAUUGUCACGGCGUGCUUGCAGGCCGUGUCACAGAAGAGAAGAGUUGACACAAAAUUGAAGUUUACUCUUGAGCCAUCUUUAGGUCAAAAUGGUUUUCAGCAGUGGUAUGAUGCUCUCAAGGCAGUUGCCAGACUAUCAACAGGAAUACCAAAGGAAUGGAGGAGAAAGGUUUGGUUGACCUUGGCAGACCACUAUUUGCACAGUAUAGCCAUUGACUGGGACAAGACCUUGCGGUUCACAUUCAAUGAAAGGAGUAAUCCCGAUGAUGAUUCGAUGGGAAUCCAGAUAGUCAAGGAUCUUCACCGCACGGGCUGCAGUUCGUACUGUGGCCAGGAGGCAGAGCAGGACAGAGUUGUCCUGAAGCGGGUCCUGCUGGCAUACGCCCGGUGGAACAAGACUGUCGGGUACUGCCAAGGCUUUAACAUCCUGGCUGCACUGAUUUUGGAAGUGAUGGAAGGCCAUGAAGGAGAUGCCCUGAAAAUUAUGAUUUACCUUAUUGAUAAGGUACUUCCUGAGAGCUAUUUUGUCAAUAAUCUCCGGGCUCUGUCUGUGGAUAUGGCUGUCUUCCGAGACCUCUUGAGAAUGAAGCUCCCUGAAUUAUCUCAGCACUUGGAUACUCUUCAGAGAACUGCAAACAAAGAAAGUGGAGGUGGCUGCGAGCCCCCGCUGACGAACGUCUUCACCAUGCAGUGGUUCCUGACCCUCUUCGCCACGUGCCUCCCCAAGCACACCGUGCUGAAGAUCUGGGACUCAGUCUUCUUCGAAGGCUCAGAGGUCAUCCUGAGGGUGUCGCUGGCUCUCUGGGCUAAGCUGGGAGAACAGAUCGAGUGUUGUGAAACAGCAGAUGAAUUCUACAGCACCAUGGGGCGCCUUACCCAGGAAAUGCUAGAUCAUGACCUUCUGGAAAGCCAUGAACUCAUGCAGACUGUUUAUUCUAUGGCUCCAUUCCCUUUCCCACAGUUGGCAGAGUUGAGGGAGAAAUACACCUACAACAUCACACCGUUCCCAGCCACAGUUAAAGCCACCUCACUUUCUGGACGCCAUGGUAAGGUCAGAGACAGCGAUGAAGAGAAUGACCUGGACGAUGAAGAUGCCAUUGCUGAUGCCGUUGGCUGCCUCGGACCUUUCAGUGGGCUUUUAGCGCCCGAAAUGCAGAAGUACCAGAAGCAAAUUAAAGAGCCAGGUGAGGAGCAGAGUCUUAGGUGCAACAACAUUGCAGAGCUGAGUCCGGGAGCCAUCAAUUCCUGUCGGAGCGAGUACCACGCCGCCUUUAACAGCAUGAUGAUGGAGCGCAUGACCACCGAUAUCAACGCGCUCAAGCGGCAGUACUCUCGGAUCAAAAAGAAACAGCAGCAGCAGGUCCAUCAGGUGUACAUCAGGGCAGGUUCUAAAGAAGAAAUAGACCCAGGGUUCUUUUCAGGCUCCCAGGACCAGGGCAUCGAUGACAAAGGGCCCGUGACCAGCCUCCUCCCGUCUCAGGUCAACAAUUCUCCGGUCAUCAACCACCUUCUCUUAGGAAAGAAGAUGAAAAUGAGCAGCCGAGCUUCCAAGAACGCUGUCAUCCACAUCCCGGGUCACACGGGAGGUAAACUCUCUCCUGUGCCCUCCGAGGACCUUCAGACCAAGCUCAACUCUCCCUGGCGGACUCACAUCCGCGUGCACAAAAAGACCCUGGCGAAGACCAAGAGCCAGCCGAAGAGCCAGCCGGGCUGUGGGGACACCAUCGGGCUGAUCGAGGAGCAGACUAGCAGCCUGGGGGAGUCCGAGGUGUUUUCCGCCCGGGGGGCAGCCAUGUCGGAGGGGAGGGCAAUCGAAGGGCAGUCCCCAGAGCCGGAGUUUGAGGAUGCUGACGCCAGCGUGUCUGCAGUUCAGGUGAAGCUGGAAGGCUUGGAACUGACCCCAAGGGACACCACUGCCGACACGCAGCCCAAGGGGUACCCGCAGGGCCCAUGGGACCUCCCGGAGCAGCCAGACGCGCCGGGAGAAAACAAAGCCACCAGCAGACCCCACCAAGGCAGCAAUCCGAAAACGCCCAUGUUUAGCCCCUUCCCCAGUGUCAAGCCCCUCCGGAAGUCAGCCACCGCCAGGAAUUUAGGACUGUACGGCCCCACGGAGAGGACGCCCACCGUGCACUUCCCGCAGAUGAGCCGGAGCUUCGGCAAGCCCGCCGGCGCAGGGGGCUCCAAGAAUCGGUGAG